AUGGAUAAAGAGAGGUUUGUUGGUAUAGGUAAAGACUUCAUAGCAGGGUCGGUGGGUGGCAUGUCGUCCAUGCUGACAGGUCAUCCAUUCGAUACAAUAAAGGUUCUGAUGCAGGAUGCCUCAGGAAAUGUCCCCAAGUUUAAAAAUGGCUGGCAUGCUCUAAAGUACACUGUGCAAAUGGAUGGACUGCGAGGUGUAUAUCGUGGAAUGUCUGUGCCAUUGUUCAGUGUAUCAUUCAUCAACUCUAUAUUCUUUGUAACAAACAAUCACUUCCAGAAGUACUUCCAUCCAUCAACAGAUACACCAAUUCCAUAUCAUAAGGUCGCAGCAGCAGGUGGAAUAGCAGGUAUGACGAUAUCAUUUUUCUUGACGCCAAGAGACUUGAUCAAAUCUAAACUGCAAGUCCAAUCGAGGAACACCACUCUCUUGUCGACCGUGUCCACAAAGGGCACACCUCCACGCGAGUACUAUACAGGCCCCAUCGAUGUCAUACGUCAAAUAAUCAAGAAGGAUGGAAUACUUGGCAUGUUCAAGGGUCUGCGACCGACAUUGUUGCGAGACAUUCCUGGAGACAUGGUUUACUUCACGAUGUACGAAUUUAUGAAACGACGACUGACCACGAUGGCCGAGUCGCCCGAGACGUUCCCAGCAUGGGUGGCGAUUGGCGCCGGAGGUUGCGCAGGCAUGAGUUUCUGGGCAUCAAUCUACCCACUGGACGUCAUCAAGACGAGGAUACAGACGCAGCCAGAGCCGGCCAUUUACCGUGGCAUUGUUCACUGUGCCAAAGAGAUAUACAGGACCGAAGGUAUUUCGGCAUUUUACCGUGGCUUCUCUGCCACAAUCUUGCGAUCAUUCCCCACAAGCGCAGUCAACUUCUUCAUGUACGAGACUACCAAGAGGUUACUGAACUCCAAGAGUCCAGAUGACUUAACCUCCAUUGGUCUCGAAGCAACUUAA